GCGAGGGAGUAAUGACAUCCAACUUGAAGCCGGCGUAUGCAUACACGGUUGUGUACGUGAAAGAUGUGGCCAAAUCUGUCGACUUCUACGCCAAGGCCUUGGGCUACAACGUCCGCCGCCUCCACGAUUCUCACAGAUGGGGGGAGCUGGAGAGCGGCUCCACAACGAUAGCGUUUACGCCGGCGAAGCAACAUGAGACGGACGACCUCACCGGGAGCGUCAAGAUCCGCGACAGAAAUCCUGUGGAGGUUUGCUUUGAUUAUGACGACGUCGACGCCGCUUUUAAGAGAGCGGUGGAGAAUGGGGCGGAGGCGGUGGCCAAGCCGGAGGAGAAAGAGUGGGGCCAGAAAGUGGGGUACGUGAGAGAUAUCGAUGGCAUCGUGGUCAGGCUGGGAAGCCACGUACGUAGCUAGAUAAAUACUGUGAUGAUAAAAAGUUGAGUUCUACCAUCCUUGGACGGGCCAACGGCGAUGGGGGUCAGCAACCCAGGAAGCCUGUCUUUUGUUGGGCGCCCCUCUCGGGCUCUGCGCGGUUGUUUCUUUCUUCCUGAAAGAAAAUAGGCUGAGAAGAGAGCGCCACCGCAAUUUGUUUGUGCUGCGACGGUGGUUGUCGGUGAGGCGCAUCGACUGUGAGAGCCUCUCGUACCUGGUGACGCGUGCCACGUCGGAAGCCACCAAUGAGCUGCUGCACCGCCGCAACGACGAGCUUUCCUCUAGUCGGAAGCUGCCGGAGAAGAUGUCCAUUAAUUCUCAAUGUCAACUGUUUUUGCGAUGCUUUUGAUGUUUUAUUGUGUAAAUUCCGUGGUUGCUUCCAUACUUAUAUAAUGUUUUUGAAUAUUAA